CGGCGCGGCUGCGCGGUGACGUCACGCGGCGGGGCGGGCGCGCAUGCGCAGUGUGCGGCUGGACGUGGCGGCGCAGCGGCAGCUCCAUCGAGACUCAAGGCCAACUCCCCCGAGGUGCCAUGGCAGGCGGCAGUGACUUCGGGAAUCCCUUGAGGAAGUUCAAGCUCGUGUUCCUGGGCGAGCAGAGCGUUGGCAAGACCUCGCUCAUCACGAGGUUCAUGUACGACAGCUUUGACAACACGUACCAGGCGACCAUCGGCAUCGACUUCCUGUCCAAGACGAUGUACCUGGAGGACCGCACAGUGCGCCUACAGCUGUGGGACACGGCUGGGCAGGAGAGGUUCCGUAGUCUCAUCCCCAGCUACAUCCGCGACUCCACUGUGGCGGUCGUAGUCUACGACGUCACCAAUGUCAACUCAUUCCAGCAGACGUCCAAGUGGAUUGACGACGUGCGAACCGAGCGAGGCAGCGACGUCAUCAUCAUGCUGGUGGGGAACAAGACCGACUUGGCGGACAAGAGGCAGGUGUCCAUCGACGAAGGUGAGCGCAAGGCCAAGGAGCUGAACGUGAUGUUCAUCGAGACCAGCGCCAAGGCCGGCUACAACGUCAAGCAGCUCUUCCGGCGCGUGGCGGCCGCGCUCCCCGGCAUGGACGCCUCUCCGGAGAGGAGCAAGGAGGACAUGAUCGACAUCAACCUGGAGAAGCCCAAGGAGCACGUGUCCACCGAGGGUGGCUGCGCCUGCUAGAGCGCCGCCGCGGGCGCCUUCUUCCCGCCGGGGGCGGCGGCGUCCCGUCGCCCUCCCCGCGUCGGCCGGGGGGCGGCUGGGGCGGCGCGGGCACGGGGCGGGAGGGAGGGAGGAGACGGAGGAGCCGCGCUCGCUAACCCCGGAGCCUCCGUUGGGGCGUGACGGGUGGCACGGGGGUGGUCGCGCGGCAGCCCUGGGGGUCGUGUAAAUAUACUACUACUUGGGUGUGUGUGGGCCUUAGCACAAUGUCGGUUUGGGUGGACGCGCACGGGCGGUGUGUGUGUGUGUGUGGGUACGUGUGUGUGUGCGCGCGCGCUCCUUGAGGGCUCUAGGUACCAUAGGAAGAUGAUCAAGACGCUAAAGCCGUGCGCUUCAGCGUGCGCUGAAUUUCUUUCGCGCCACCGUACGUGGCCGACCAUGCUAAUCGGAGGUGGUGGGGGGGGGGGGAGGUGAACGAAGUGACGGGGUCGCACGAUGGUGACGGCGGCCGCUUAUACACGCGGCUCGCUCUGGAGGGGGGGGGGUGCGGGGGCGGUGGGGCAUUGCCUCGCGCCGUCUGCGCCGAGCUUGGAAAUACCCCCCCCCCCGGGUUCAGCGAGCCCCCACCCCUUCCCCCUCCAUCGUGGAGAAGCGGAGUCCUGAGUGCCAGCGCUGCCCAAGGUGGCACAGACCGCCCGACCAUAUCCCACCCCCCCCCACUUAUUUUUUUCUAACAUUGUGGUGCAUCAUAGCGAAAGUUUCCAGUCACAUGACGCUCGUUGUGCUGUCCAUUCUAUUGUACAAUGCAGACACGUGGACGUUGAAACAAGGCGGUCAGUGGAAGUUGA